AUGUUUUCUUUGCCACGUUAUUUUCGUUGGAUUGUUCCAUUUUUUCUAUCCGUCAUGUCAACUCCUCGACAUGAACGUGAUAUUGAUGCUCUUGGAUCUAUUCAUAUUGGUAUUCGACAUAUAAUUACAUUAACAGAAGAAGAACCUUUAUCUGAAGAAUGGUUUUUUAAUAAAACUAUUUCACAUACACAUCUUCCUAUUGAAAAUUAUCGAGCACCAACUAUUGAACAAGUUGAUUUAUUCUUUCGUUUAAUUAAUGAUCCAACUAAAACACCAUUAUUAAUUCAUUGUGGUGGUGGAAAAGGUCGUGCUGGUACAAUGAUUGCUUGUUAUUUAGCUAUUUAUGGUUUUCAAACACCAACAGCUCAAGAAUGGACACAACCAUUUAUGUCAGCUGGUGAAGCCAUUGAUAAAUUACGACAAUUAAGACCUGGAAGUGUUGAAACAGAAGAACAAGAACGAUUCGUACAUACAUUUGUUAGUACUGUAUGGAAACGACAAUCACCAUUACCACCAUUACCUAAUGAACCCGAAGGAAUACCACUUGAAAUAGAAGGACAAUUAGAUGGAAAUAUUGAUUUAAUAAUGCUUUGUGGUUUACCUGGUUCAGGAAAAUCUUAUGUAGCACAAAUGAUAUUAAGACGUGAUGAUCGUUGGACAAUAAUAUCACAAGAUGAAACAAGAUCACGUGAUACAUGUGAACGUGAAUUAGGUCGACCAGGAAAACAUUCUAAAGCUAUUUUAGAUCGUUGUAAUCCAGAUCGUGAAGAUCGUAAACAAUGGCUUGCAAUUGCACAAUGGGCACGAAAGCCAAUAUGUGUCUAUUUUGAUUAUGAUCAAGAUUUAUGUGUAUCACGUGCACAACAACGUUCCGAUCAUCCAACACUUACACCUGGUCAACGUGUACGAACAGCUGUUCAAAGUAUGCAAAAAAACAUGGAAAAACCAAAACUUGAUGAAGGAUUUGUUGCUAUAUGUACAAUAAGAUCAUUUUAUGCAGCUAAUGAUUUAAUUAAACGGUUAACACCACUUAAUAUAUUAAAAUUUUUACGUACAGGUCAUAUUAUUAAUUUAGGUGCUGCCACAGCUGAUGAUUUUCUAGUAUCAUUUAAACAAACAAAUCAUACACCAUAUGUUGUUAUAACAGAAAAAGUUGAUGGUGCUAAUAUGGGUUUUUCAUUAUCAGCUGACAGAGAAUUACUCGUUCAAAAUCGUUCACAUUAUAUAACAUCAACAACACAUGCACAAUUUCGUCCACUUUAUACAUGGAUUGAAACACAUCGUGAAAGUCUUUAUCAUAUUUUAGAUCGUGAUAAUUCAUUUCCCGAACGAUAUAUUCUAUAUGGUGAAUGGGUUGUAGCAACACAUUCAAUACCUUAUACAAGAUUACCUGAUAGACUUCUUGCUUUUGAUUUAUAUGAUCGUCAAACACAAACAUGGGCUGAUCGUGAUACACUUGAACGUUUACUUGAACAAACUAAUAUUAUUUUAGUACCAAUUAUGUAUCAAGGACCAAGACCAACAGAUAAUGUAUUAAAAGAAAUGGUACAUUAUCCAUCUCAAUUUUAUGAUGGUCCAGUUGAAGGUAUUUAUGUAAAAGAAGAACAAAAUGGACAAGUUGUUAAUCGUGGUAAAAUCGUACGAAAUGAUUUUACAGCCGGUAUAACUGAACAUUGGGAUAAAGCAAUAAUGAAAAAGAAUGGAUUUAUAAUUGAUGGUGAUGAUAUAGAAUAA